AUGAAUUCCGAAGACGAAGAUUUUAAUGAUAUUUACGGUAAUAAUAAUGUUGGGGAAGAAGGAAGUAGUAAACCAAAUGUAAGUAAUGAGAAUAAUGGAACCAAUAAUGGUGUUAAAGUUGAUAGAGAAACUAAUGCUACUAGCAAUCUUGAUCAAUUAGCAGCUUUACAAGCGCUUUCUUCUAAUAUCAGCCAAAUAAAAGAUGUAGGAAGUAAUGUUAAUGUUAAUACAAAUGCAGAUGCUAAUGCCACAGUUAAUGGUGAUGGUAAUAAUAAUCCAAAUAAUAAUAGUGGUGGAGCUACUAAUGCAAAUAUAUCAAAUUUGCCAUGGGAACAAUUACAACAAACGAUGUCACAAUUUCAAAAUGGGAAUGCAAACAAUGAUAAUGAUAAUAGUAGCAAUAGCAAUAAUAAUGAAAGUGCAAAUACAAAUGCAAAUGCUAGUGCAAACACAAACACAACCCCAGCCAGUACCGAACAUGUUAGAGCUGAUUUAUCCAAAGAUAGUUGUAAGAUGUUUAUUGGGGGGUUGAAUUGGGAAACUACCGAAGAUGGGUUACGUGAUUAUUUUAACAAGUAUGGUAAUGUUGUUGAUUUAAAGAUUAUGAAAGAUAACAACACGGGGAAAUCUAGAGGGUUUGGGUUUUUAACGUUUGAAAAAUCUAGCAGUGUUGAUGAAGUUGUUAAGACUCAACAUAUACUUGAUGGUAAAGUUAUUGACCCAAAGAGAGCCAUCCCCAGAGAAGAACAAGACAAGACAGGUAAGAUUUUCAUUGGAGGUAUUGGUGCAGAUGUUCGGCCAAAAGAAUUUGAAGAAUUUUUCGCUAAAUAUGGGAAUAUUAUUGAUGCUCAAUUGAUGUUGGAUAAAGAUACUGGUCGUUCUAGAGGGUUUGGGUUUGUUACAUAUGAUUCACCAGAUGCAGUAGAUAGAGUAUGUCAACAUAAAUUUAUAGAAUUUAAAGGUAAGCAAAUUGAAAUUAAGAGAGCUCAACCAAGACAUAACCAACCUAGACAAACACAAGAGUACGAUCAAAAUACAUCAAAUUAUAAUGAUCAAUACGAUAAUGCAAAUAAUAAUGCCUUUAAUACGUUAAAUAAUGCUACUACAAAUAAUAAUAAUGCUAGUCUUACUGCUAGUUUAAAUAAUCCGAUGAUGCAAAUGUAUCAGAACCCAAUGAUGGGUGGAUAUAAUCCAAUGUUUAAUCCUCAAGCUAUGAAUGAAUAUUAUCAAAAGAUGCAAGAAUAUUAUCAACAGAUGCAACAACAAACAGGGAUAGAUUAUUCUCAAAUGUAUCAACAACAAAUGGCUAUGAUGAUGCCUGGGUUUAAUAUGCCCAAUAUGGCUGGUGGAGCUGUUGGAGGUGCAGGUACACUUGGAGCUGGUGCGAUAACUGCAGGUAGUGGAUCUAAUGAUGAAGGUAGUGGCUCUAAUGAUGUACAAACUAUUGGAGGAGAUGGAGAUGGAGAUGCAAUUACGAAAGAAAAUGAAGAUAAAGCUAAUGAUAAGGGAAAUGAAUCAGGGAGUGUCACUGGCAAUGAUAAUGAUAGUGAAGAAGGAAUGCCACAAUUGCCUAAAGGUCCGCGUGGACGAAACGAUGGUGGAAAACGUGACCGCGACAGAGAAAGAGAAAGAGAUAGAGAUCGUGACAGAGACAGAGACAGAGAUAGAAGAUCUGACCGUAGAUCUGACCGUCGGCGGUUCGAUCGUAAUGAACGAGAUUUUGACCGUGAUCGUGAUGGUGAAAGAAGUCGAGACAGAGACCGUGGAUUUAGCCGCCGUCGUAAUGGCGGCAACCGCAAUGGUGGUAACCGCGGACACCGUGGCGGCAAUAACAAUAGGAAACGGAACGGAUACCAUCCAUAUAACCGCUGA